AUGAAACCAACUCAGAAACCCAAAAGCGCACUCAAGCCAACUCAGACCAACUCCCUCAUCAGUCUGCUCGUCAUCCUCCUGACCUUUCUGCUUAUCUCUGCUAUUUCGACCUAUCUGAGAUAUGAUUUACCGACGCCGAAGGGCUUACCGAGGAGAACAGCCUCAACGAGGGGGACGAACGAAACUGGAGGUUCAUCAUCAUCAAGACCACUGCUAGCUGAUGAGCAAGAGUUUUCGGAGAGCUUAGCGAACGAAUACAUAUACCAUCUGGCCGAUACUAUCGGCUAUCGAAUCGUCGGUACCGAAGAGAUGGCCGAAAGCUUUGAGUAUCUUCAUCAGGUCUUGAUCGACCUCAAGUCUCAGGCCCAACAGCUCGGAAGUCAUAAGCAGUUCGAGAUUCUAACUCAAGUGGAUGAUGGCGCUCAUCUGUUCGAGUUUAUGGGAAAGCAUGUGUGGAAGAAAUACUUCCAAUUGUCGAAUAUCAUUGUCAAAAUUUCGGAUCCUUCGAUCCCCAGUUCCAGUGAGAAUGCCGUCUUAGUGAAUGCUCAUUUAGAUAGUACUCUACCCUCGCCUGGUGCGGCUGAUGAUGUUGCUGGCGUCGCUGUGAUGCUCGAAGCCAUUCGGAUAAUCACUCAAUCACCCGACUGGCCAAUGCACAACGGUAUCGUUUUUCUCUUUAAUGGAGCCGAAGAAUCAUUGCAAGAUGCAAGUCACAUGUUCAUUACCAAACAUCCACUCAAAGAUAUUGUGCGCGCGGUGAUCAAUUUAGAGGCUUGUGGGACUGCUGGCCAAGAAAUCCUCUUUCAGGCAACUUCCACAGAGAUGAUCGAAGCUUACUCCAAGGUACCUCGACCAUUUGGAAGCGUCAUUGCAACUGAGGUCUUUCGGACUGGCUUGAUCGCCUCUGAUACCGAUUUUCGACAAUUUGUACAAUAUGGUAAUCUCACCGGACUGGAUAUGGCGAUCAUGCAAAACUCGUAUCUCUACCAUACUAGUCAAGAUAUACCCUCUAAAAUCGAGCCUGGGGCUAUUCAACAUAUGGGCGAGAACACAGUGGCUUUACUCAAACACUUGACCUCUCCCUCUGCUAAUCUAACCAGCAUUAAACCGGCAUCUACCACCGUUUUCUUCUCUGGACUGGGCGGAUUAAUCUUUAUCAUGUAUUCUAAAACGACGGCCUUGAGGGUCUACACCGCUUUAUCGGUCGCUGCAAUCACCAUUCUCAGUCGGAAUAUCAAGUCACGACAUUACUCGAUUUACUUUUUCGCGUUUCUCGCCGCUAUCGGUUCUCUUUUGGGCUUUAUUAUUGGCUCUAACUUGGUUGCCUUCAUCAUCUCGAUCAUGCUUGACAAACCACUUUCUUGGUAUCGAUACGAGUCUUUCCCAAUCUUACUCUUCGGGCCGCCUGCACUGGCGGGUGGAUUGACUGUCCAGUAUCUAUUUUCUAGGUUUGUUCACAAAUCUAAUUUGCUCAAGCCUGGCGACGAGGAUGUCCUAUCGCAUGCAGUCCUCUCUGGACUCAUGACCCUCAAUGGUAUCGCAUCAGUUGUUGGGGCUUACUUGGAUAUUGGUACUGCAUAUCUGCCUGCGGUCGGACUAGUCUCACUGUUAUUGUCCCUAAUGAUCAAUGACUUCAUCUUGGCCCCUAUAAGUGGUAAACGAGCCCACUUACAUCUUCCGAUGUAUUUAUCCGCACUGAUCUUGCCUGGAUUCUUGGGAGUCGAGGGUCUGCUGGCCUUCCUCGACUUGUUCGUACCUAUGACGGGGAGGAUGGGACAUGAUGUCCACGUGGAUUUUAUGAUUGCGAGCUUGGUUAGUGCAGUCGGAUUUAAUAUCAUAUCGAUCAGUUUACCGCUAGCCCAUCGAUUCAGUAGACAAGCACUCGGUCGUUUUCUCGUCCUCCUCUUAAUGUUCUCGAGUCUGGUGGGCUUCUGGUUCACUCGACCCGAUUGGAAAAUCUUUGAUCCAGACCACCCCAAGCGUCUGCCAAUCCUACAUAUGGAAAACUUGACUAGUAGCUCUCCUAGCUUUGAUCUCCAUAUUGCUAGUAUGGAUCGCGCGCCUGGAUUUGAAAACCUCGUGAAAAACCUCAUCGAUACUCUAUCGCUUUCUGAUCAAUCGCCGGUCCUCAGCUCGAUUAAUGAUGAUAUUCCCGACUGGGAUAUCAUUUACCCAGUCUCUCAAUUCUUGAAAUCGUACCAAGUCCCAUUGAGCCUGAUUAAACACCAACUCAUGGAAUCUGAGCAGGAUGGAGAAGAUGGGAAGACUCGAUAUGUUUCUCCCUGGACGGAUAAAUUCAAGAUCACGAGUCUCUCAAGUAAAUUAGAUUUCAUUAACCAACAAAGAACGAUUGUUAUCGCCAUCGAUCACCCCGGGAUAAUCUGGACGGUGAUUGCGUUUACGGCAGAUGUGGUGGAAUGGGAUCUGCCCUCGCGUCCAUUAAGAGGCAAACGAAGACACCACAUCAAAGAGGCGAGUGGGUUUGGGAUAGACCGAUGGACGUUGAACGUGACGAUUGCUCUGGACGAGGCCGAGUUCCAGAGUGCGAUGGAGAACGAACAGAUCCUCAAGGGCCAACGCGCGCCGAUCUCGGUUCACGACAAACAAGCCCAGGCGUUCGCCCGCUCGGGAAAGCUCAAGAUCGAGUUCAGCGGGAUCGACCAACUCGGCCUCUAUCCCGCACGCUCCAAACCUAAAAGACUCCCUCUUCCGCUCUCCCAUUCUCAACCCCCCUCGAACCUUAACUCUCAUCUGGGUUGGAUCGGGAACGGGAACGGUGGACCCGGCCUGCGUCUCUUCAAUAAACUCAUUCAACUUCUUCCUAAUUGGGUCGAUCCUUUCUUACUCAGCGCUAUCUCUAACACCGGAUUUGUUUAG